AUGCUUGUGAUGGAAAGAUCCAAACGUUUUGACUCCCCAUCCGAGUUCGAAUCUCUACGCAGAGUGGCAGAUGGAUUUCGCGACUUCGGAUUCUUUUCAACAAUACUCCAAAGUUCAUUGUCAAUCCAUUAUUGUCUUGUGAAUGCAACUCUGGGCGCCGCUCUUUGGGAGGAAUUCCGCAAAAUUGGCAUCAAUGACGAGAAACCGGUUCGUGGCCGUGACGUGAAUGGGCGACAGACCCCUCAAUCAUCAAGUAAACAACAUGAAUAUAAUCGUUAUGAUUACGACGUCAUUAUUGUGGGCGCAGGCCUCACAGGGUUGAAUGCUGCACAUGAAAUAACAAAAAUGGCUCCCGGCGCUCGUGUAAAGCUCUUGGAAGUCAGGGACCAGGUUGGAGGCCGAAUACGUGCAAGGACGAUGAGAACGGCGGAAGGCGAUGUUUGGCUAGACACUGGAUCACAUUCAUAUCACCAACUGCGACAGCACUCGCCACUCUUGCCAGCGAGUUCGGAUUACCUCUCUUUUCUCAGACCAACUGCGGAACUCGAACACUUGACAUUCGAACGAAAACGUUUGUCGGAAUCGGAGUCGCUCACGACUCGCCGCUCGUUUCGCGACGUGAUCAAUUCUACCGAGGUGUCAUCGUGGGCAUCGAGGAACGUCCAUGACUAUCUGCUGAGCACUGGCCAAACAAAACCUACAAUGGACACAGCGAAUCGUUUACUUCAGACUCUCUUCGAUUCACCAGAUAAAUCAGUAUCGAUUAUUCACCUGCUUUUGGCUGCAGCCUCGGAGAAUGCCACUGUAGCCGAUUUGCUGUCCCGCUAUGGCCAUGGCCAGGCUCUCUUCAUGCAGGGUGGACUCAAUCGAUUGACCAGGGCGAUGGCUGAGAAGUUGGAUGUGCAGCUGAACCAAACGGUUACUAGCAUCGAGGAAGGUGACAUUCUUAUAUCAGAAGAACCUAUUGAGCACAAAUUUCAACGUAAUUCCGUGGUGACUGUGAAGACACCCACCGACUCGUACACAGCUCGGCAAGUGAUCGUCACUGCGCCUCCUGUCGUGGCGUCAACAAUUCAGUUCACUCCACCGCUUGAACCGCAAUUUACUCAAUUCCUCGAGAGAUAUCGUCCUAGUGGUCGAGCUUACUAUUUCACCAUGACAUUUGCUAGCCCUUUCUGGAGAGGGAAAGGAAUGAGUGGGCAGGUCAUCUACGUCGAUUUUUUCGACUCAACUAUAAUCGCAGUAAGAAAAAGUGCAGGAAAAUACUCGUUGCGUUUUCUCAUAUCAUUGGGGAAUCUCAUGAUCGGGUAA